AUAUGACUACAAACAUACUUUGACUCUAAUUAACUAUAGACUGUUACUUAAUUCCAGCUACUAUAGAAUAUGCUGAGGGCAUUGUUGGUGAAGAACUGACCAAGGACUUAAAAAACAACAACAAAUCAAAAAGCAGUUUGGAAAAAGGGAGCAACUGACAGUUUGCAUGGAGUUAUCUAUACAUUAUAGAUUCAUUGGUUAUAUUUAUUCAUAAUAUGAAAUUUGAUGAAUAUGUAAUUGAUAUAUUGAUGUUAUUUAGCUUUCUAAAUACAACUUUAUGUUCUGGAGACAAAAUGCAUAAUUGUUUUGUGAACACUAAGAGCUUCUCCCUCCAAUGCGCAGCUGAGAGUUCAUUUUGUUAUUUACUGCGCAGGGUAGCAACACAUUAGUUUACAUCAUGGCGGACGAAAAGGAAAGUUCGGAGUCCAUGAUAGCAGAUGUGCAAAAAAGAAUAACAGAUGCAUUUGACAUUUUUGACCAUGAAUCAAAUAAAACAGUUGAUGUCAGGGAAGUUGGAACAAUUGUGCGGUCCUUAGGCUGCUGUCCAAGUGAAGCAGAGCUGCAUGAUAUGUUGGAGGAGAUUGAGGAAGAAGAACCAACUGGAUACAUUAGAUUUGAAAAGUUUUUAGCUAUGAUGACUCAUGUUUUAAUGGAGAGAAGGUACAAACCUUCUCCAGAGGAUAUAAUUUUAAAAGCAUUAAUGACAUUAGAUGUUGAACAUAAAGGGCAUUUAACCCAGGAAGAGAUUACAAAAUAUAUGACAACAGAAGGGGAACCAUUCACACCUGAAGAAAUGGAAGAGAUGCUCUCAGCUGCUGUGGACCCAGACAAGGGUGUGGUUCUGUAUAAGGACUAUGCCUCUGCCAUGGCACUGGAGGAAACAUAACAUGGCAGAAAUGACUGUAUUUGCAUUGCCAUUGUAGCUUAAAUAUGGUAUUUCAUAAUGAUGAGAGAGACACUGAUAACUUUUUU